UGGGAGUCCAGGAAGGAUGAGGCGCUGCGACGCGCACAAGGCCGCAGUGUGUCCGCGCUCGGUAGUCUGUUGGUGUGUGCGCCGCUGCUGUCGCUGUUGCUGCUGAUGCUGCUGGAAGUCACAGCAUUUGAUGACAGCGUGUUGAUUGGCUGGUGAAUGGGGUUCCGGCACCACGUGAAGGUUGAAACAUGACGAGCCAAGCAGAUGAGAGGGAGGUAGCAGAGGAGAGACGCCUGCGAGAGGAUAGAGAACGCAUUGCCAACUGGAAGCGGUGGGGCCCUUACCUCAGCGAGCGACAGUGGGGCACCGUGCGGGAGGACUAUUCCCCUAACGGAGACUGCUGGGACUAUUUUCCGCAUGACCACGCCAGGUCACGGGCUUACCGAUGGGGCGAAGACGGACUGGCGGGCGUGUGUGAUCGUCAGGGUCGUCUGUGCUUCAGCCUGGCACUCUGGAACACUCGCGACGCCAUCUUGAAAGAGCGGCUCUUCGGUCUAACGGGACCCCAGGGUAACCAUGGCGAGGACGUCAAGGAGCUAUACUAUUACCUGGACGCCACACCCACACACUCAUACCUGCGUUACCUGUACAAGUACCCGCAGCAGAUCUUCCCCUACCGCGACAUAGAGCACACCGCCGCGGCCAGGACGGUGCACGACCCUGAGUACGAGCUGGAGGAUACCGGAGUUCUGGCCACUGGGUACUGGGACGUGGAGGUGGAGUACGCCAAGGCCUCCCCAAACAAUCUGCUGGUGGAGGUCACCGUCACCAAUAGAGGCCUCAAAGAAGACACGCUUCACGUCUUGCCUACGCUAUGGUACCGCAACACGUGGGUGUGGGGCUGCACACACGAGGGCUGCGGUCUCAAGCCCAAGCUGGAAGCUGUGGGCGCCACUCGAGUGAGGGGAUGGCACGAGUCACUAGGAAAUUACCUGUGGGCUGUAGAUGAGAGCGGAGGAAAGGCACCACUGCUCUUCACGGAGAACGAGACCAACACCCAGAAACUGUUUGGGGUGGACAACUACACACCGUACGUCAAGGACGCUUUCCAUCGCUACCUCAUUGAUGGAGAGAAGUCGGCAGUGAACCCAAAGUCACGAGGCACCAAAGUGUGCUCCCACCACGUGGUUACUUUGCUCCCCGGAGCUUCCACCACCCUACGGUCAAGGUUGUGGCAGGCUAACGAACCUCCGCUUGAUCAGGAAACGCACACUGAGUCAUCAGUCUUCGGCGAAGCCUUUACCGCCAUUAUGAAGCAGAGAAAGAAGGAGGCGGAUGUUUUCUAUAGCAGGGCGUUGAGUCCUCGUCUUAACGCAGAACAGCAGCUGGUGGCCCGCCAGGCGAUGGCUGGCCUGGUGUGGACCAAGCAGUUCUACCACUACAUAGUGAAAGACUGGCUGGGAGGCGACCAGCACCAGCCGCCACCACCAGAGUCCCGCCGCUCAGGAAGAAACAGUGACUGGGGUCACCUGUACAACCGUGACAUCAUCUCCAUGCCAGACAAGUGGGAGUACCCGUGGUACGCGUCGUGGGACCUCGCCUUCCAUGUGGUCGCCAUGGCCAUCGUGGACACUGACUUCGCAAAAGAUCAGCUGCUGCUCUUCCUUCGCGAGUGGUACAUGCACCCCAACGGCCAGAUACCAGCCUACGAAUUUGCGCUGGGAGACGUGAACCCGCCCGUGCAUGCGUGGGCUGUGAUGAACGUGUUCCGCGGCAGUGCUCCGCGGGGCAGCAGGGACACUGCCUUCCUUGCCCGUGCCUUCAACAAGCUCUCUCUUAAUUUCACGUGGUGGGUGAACAGAAAGGAUCCUGACGGCAGGAAUCUGUUCGGCGGAGGCUUUCUUGGUCUUGACAACAUCGGAGUAUUUGACAGGUCGCGGCCUCUCCCUGUGGCGGGGCAGCUGGAACAGGCUGACGGCACGGCGUGGAUGGCCUUCUUCUGCGUCACGAUGCUGGACAUGGCGCUGGUGCUGGCAGAGAAGGACCCAGUGUACGAGGACAUGGCGUCUAAAUACUUCGAGCAUUUCAUCCUCAUCGUGGACGCCAUUAACUCCUCGGGGCAAGGGCGUGGUCUGUGGGACGACGAGGACGGUUUCUACUACGACUACAUCAGGAAGCCAGACGGGUCCUCCAUGCCCCUGAAGAUUCGCUCUCUGGUUGGUUUGGUGCCGUUGUUCGCUGUGCUGGUGCUGGUGCGGGAAGAGGUGAAAGCUUUGCCUGGUUUCUACAAGAGGGCGAGUUGGCUCAUUCAAAACCGCCCUGACCUCGCCUCUAGGGUGACAUUUAUGAACGAGGGUGGAUCUGACAGAAUGCUGCUCGCGGUGCCCACCAAGGUGCAGCUGCUGAGCCUCCUGCGUUACCUGCUGGAUGAGAGCGAGUUUCUUUCCCCUCAUGGCAUCAGGUCCCUCUCCAAAGUCCACCAGAACUCACCUUUCGUGCUGGACAUCGAGGGGGAGCGUCAUGAGGUGUCCUACGUGCCAGGGGAAUCCAACACAUACCUAUUUGGCGGCAAUUCCAACUGGCGGGGCCCGAUCUGGCUCCCCAUGAACUUCCUCAUCCUCACGUCUCUCAAGCGGUAUUACUUCUUCUACGGCAAAGGACUGCAGGUGGAGUGUCCUACGGGCUCCGGUAACCUUAUGAACUUGGAGGAAGUGUCUGUGUUCCUCGCCCGCCGCCUCGUGUCGCUCUUCCUGCCAGGCCCCGACGGUGCUCGCCCUUGUCACGGUGCCAGCAAGCAGUACAGGGACGAUCCAGCGUGGAGAGACCUGCUGCUCUUCCACGAGUUUUUCCACGGCGAGAGUGGCCGGGGCUGUGGCGCCUCCCACCAGACGGGCUGGACCGCGCUAGUGGCUAACUGCCUCAACAUCACCCUUGGAUAUUCCCACGCAGGUCUUGGCCGCUACUCCCACAAAGACUGAUCGCUGCCAGUCUCACGCCGCACUCAAACUGGAUGUUUACACUCUCUUAUUCUUACCGAAGAAGUUGAGUGAAUUUACAUUUUCCCUCCUGCUGAUGAAACUGUUGUUUUAUUCUGUUAAUUAAAAGUGCAUAGUUAAUUGUUAUGUACGUAUAUUAUUACUGUCACUAUUCAUUUUUAAUUAGCUUUUCAUGAUUAUCGUUUAAAACGCUCAACUGAUUAUGUUAGUAGAUAUAUAUAUUCAAUUGCCUCAGUAACGACCAGUGUUGUAAUGAAGCAAGCUAAGUUAUUUAACAGAAAAAAUACAGUUUCGUAUGACGGUUGCAAUUAUGUAGUAAUAAAAAUCUCUCUCUCUCUCUCUCUCUCUCUCUCUCUCUCUCUCUCUCUCUCUCUCUCUCUCUCUCUCUCUCUCUCUCUCUCUCUCUCUCUCUCUCUCUCUCUCUCUCUCUCUCUCUCUCUCUCGUAGUUAACAUUUUAUCACUGACUUCGUGACUAGUGGAAGGGUUGUACGUAGAUCUAGUAGAAAGGUUGAGAAUCGUUAUCCAGUUCGAAAACGUAAGAAACCUUAUGAAGUUUGGAAGUAUUACUCUCUGGUUAAGAAAUAUAUUGUAGAGACUUUAUGUAGACACAGAUUGUCAUGUAGAUUAAUGUAGUAAUAAAAAUGUUUUGUACAUAGA